AUACUCUUGAAGCCUUCUAGCACGCUCACUCGCGAGACACUAGAAUGGCCAAAGAGGAAGCGAGCAAACGGACGCGACUGGACAAGCAAGUAGGCUCAGCAAGAUGGUUGAUAUAUGCUAUCACUCUGGGACUACUUGUUACAGUGACGGGAAGCGGCGCCAGGAACGCCGAGUCGGUCAACGUCGCAGAAGGGUACUCGUGCCUUGUGCUUACGCACGCGCCGAGCCACCCACGACUCUGCAAUAUGACAAGACCGACUCGGAAGCCCACGAGCCCUUCGACGCACUGCCGAGAACAGCCGCCCGCAUGCAAGCGACCCCGCAUCCCCCCAGACCCCCGCCCCGCCCAGCACAGCCAGACACACAAACACACCCAAGAACACACCAACAACAUCAACAGCAAAAGGCGCGCGACGCCCCAAACGAAGCCGCCCCAUGCAUCCCCUCUUCGCGCGAAACUUGCGACAAGCCCACUGUCUCACAGAAUACGCCUCCCAAACAACCAUACUUUGACAAUGACUUCACAAAGCCCCAGCAGAGGGCUCAUAAGCGCUCUUGGUGCGCUCGCAGCGAAACAUACUCGAGAGGCCCCGUUCUACCUGCACCCCACCACAAAUGGCUGGGUCAAGCCGCUUAUGCUAUGUAGCGCCUACCAGCCAUUCAAAGAAGCCAGCCUGCAGCUAGAAGAGGCGCCCGCGGCACCCGCUGGGCUCAACCCAAAAAUCGCGAUGUACUGGCCCCUGGACGACCAGCUCCCCAAACCGGACCUGGCCUGCAUCGCCAUGGGCUACUACCACUCAGCCCUCAUCGGAGACUGCCACGGGCUGGAACACCCGGAAAUGGCCCGAAUCAUGAUCGGCCCAAUCCUAAACCUAGAGGCCCUAUCAAAAAAGCAGGAGCUGCAGGCGCGCCUGAAGGACGCCGUGAGCCAAGCCUUCAGCAGCGGCAGCAUGCUUUUCGCCAGUGAGGCCAGCAUCAAGCAGCACCUGACCGCAAUCCUCGCCGAGGCCUGCCCCGGCCUCGACAAGGGCAGCUACGACAUUUACCACCCGGGCGAGGGGCGGCAGCAGGUCGCCACCGGCCGGGGCUGCGACGUCAUGACGAUCCGGAGCUGGGGCAUUAGCCUGCCCGCAAAACACGCCGUCGACGCCUACCUCGCCCUCAGCAGCACCCCCCUGCCCUACUACCUCAACAACAAAUUCCAGGUCCGCUGCCCGCCGGCCACAAUCAAGCCCGGCGCCAGCACCAGAAACGAGCAGCAGCAGGUGUGGCAGCCCCACUUCGCAACACUGGUGGAGACGGGCGGCAUGGGGCCGUGCAGUGUGCCGGUGUACGUGGAGGCUGAGCUCUUUGGCGAUGGCGCCACCACGUGGGGGAAGUUCUGCACCACGACUGUACGCGCGGGGGUCUCCAGGAUUCUGGACGAGUGCGGCAUGCUGACCCCCGCCGCCAACGCCCAGUUCACGGAGCGCGACCUGGAGACAGCAGCCUUCCGGAUCCUGGAGUUCCUCAACAGCCCCGGCACCGGCCUAAUGGACAGCCGCGCCUACGCCAGCAACAGCAGCACCACCCAGUGGAUGGACCAGCGCGGAGUCCCCCGCGACAUGCGCGCCUCCACUAGCGUGCUCCACCUGCGCAGUGAGGCCGCCGCCGCUGCCCUUAAAAGCGCCGGCGGCAUCUACAUCGCCAACCUAGACGUUGGCGCCGCUAAGGUCAUUAGCCUGGAGACCUACCCCAACGACUGGGACAACCAGGAGCUCCGCGACAAGUUCGACCUGCAGGGCAUCCACCUGACCGACUACCUGGGGCGCUCACGCACCACCAUGUCCCUGGAGGACAUUAACAGCGACCUGGAGGAGAUGCAGAGCAAAAUCAGGGACAGCAUAGACGAUGUGGAGGCAGGCGCCGCCGCGUACGCCCACCAGCGCGGGCCCAGCGCUGAGGCCUGCCUCCGCACCAAGCGCAGCACCGAACCCUUCCAGUUCUACGGCGCCCGCAGUGAGCCGUACGACCUGCUGAAGCUCCCGCGCGACCGCCUAGUCGACAUCGUAUUCCAACGACACGCCAAUGGCUGUCUGCGGCCCCUGCGGGCUGCGGCGGCCGAAAGCUACAGGGGCAACAUCCCCGUGUACGACGCCCGGUCGCUCGUCAUAAUAGCCACCAACGCAGCUGCAGCCAGCGCCACCAUCGUCACCAGCCUCAACGCGGACGCAGAGCCGGUGGUGGGUAGCAUCCGCCUGAGGCCUAACCGCUUCCCCGCUAAGAUCCCCGAGGACGGCUAUAUCCCGUACACGUGGGGCCUGUGCGAAUACGGUGACGCCGCCCGCGGCCUAGCCGAACGUGGCGGACUGCUGCAGGAUGAGACAACGCAACAGGCGGCAAUCGGCGAGAUGCUGGGCAACAUCUUCUUCCGCGCACUCACGGAACCGCCGGCGCAGCCCGCGGCACGCCCGGCCUCCGCGGCGCCCAAAAAGAAGGCGGCCUUCAGCCUGAAGGCGGCACUGCAGGCCGCCAGCACCAAGAUGCCUCCGGCGCCGCCGCCACCGCCCGCACCGUCGACGAGCACCAAGCAGACGCCGAAGAACCCGCCGGCGCCAGCUGCACCCCUGGCGCCACCGGUGACGCAGGGGCAGACAACACUGCCGCCGCCCGCGGGAGAGCAGGAGCGCCAGUCGAAACGCCAAGCCGUCGAAGGCGCCGGCCACGGAGCCGACCUCAUGGACACCGGCAGGACCCAGAGCCCCGAACGAUGACAGCCACCUGUGCCGACAGGGACUAGCUAAUCCUGAUGUCUGCAAGCUCCCACUAGCAGGCCCUUUAAUUAACGUGGAAGCAGUAGUCACGCAUGCUCGCACACAUGAAUGGAUGGUGGUGAAUGAAGUGAGCAGACCUGGUGGCUUAGGUGCUCGGAGAAGGAAGCUAGACAAAGUAGACGCACGUAUGGGGACAACAGGAACAGUUUGGCUUGAUGAUACGAGAGGGUGGCAAAAUGUCAACAGAAGCUGUGAGGCAGAAGCACGGCACAGGACGCGCAAACUGGGCUGGCACGAGGCGCACGAGGCCUACAUUAGUGGAACUAGUCCCGACAUGGAGACAAAUAGAACGAAUGGCUACAAUGCAGCCACAGGCGGCAGAGGCUGGAAGGAGUGGAGGCAACACGAGGGAGGAGCACGCAAGGAGAGCUGGCUAAGACCCCAGGAAGGA